AUGCUCUCAGACUUCUCCAGCCUCCAGCUGCCAGAUCCUAGUGAACCUUUUGACCCAAUUAGUGAGAGUAUCAACAUGUCUGAAGACAAUAAUGAAAUGGUAUCCCACCUUAAAUCUCCAGCCAACGUGUCCAUAGGCCAAGAGCUUUCAGGUUCCUCAGCCCUGACCUCUGACUCGCUUCGGGCUCAUAAGCCAAGUUCUCUUUCUGUGGACACAGAUGAUUGUUGCUUGGACUCUCAAUGCUUACUCCACGCACCCUGUAAAGCUCUCCAGGAUGAACCACAUGAUAAACUGGGACGUCUCAAUCUGGCCUGUGAACAUCGAUCAGAAACACACAAGGCGUCGAUGCCAUUG